AUGAUUUGCCAGAAUUGGACAUUGCACCUUUUGGGCAUCGCGUCCCUAGCCAGCGUCGCACUUGCCCAGCCAUCUCAACGUCCUACUAUCAGCGUUGGAACUACCAGAUCGAGCCAGUACCAUUGGUGCGGCACGGACGAGGGCAACGAUCAUCUCGGGGGAGAAGACGACUUGGUCGCUCUCGAGGCACUCUCUAAACGCUCUUUGGAUACAGAGAAUCCGAUUGGCCGCAAGAACCCCAUAAAGAUUCCCGUCAAUAUCUUCUUGGUCGGAACGGAAGAACAGCGAGGGGAGCUCAAAGAAAAUUCUGCCCUCUUACAAAUCGAAGACGCCCUCGCCGAGGGAUACUCGCAGCACGGCAUCUUCUUCGGCCCUAUCGAGACAUACCAGGUCGCCGGCGACGAAUAUGUCAACGUCAACCACUCUGAACGCAAAUUUAGGCAGACCCUGGACAUGAAGGAAGGUCUCCGCAUCGGCGGAGCCGAGACACUGAACGUGUACGUCGUGCCAAAGUUGGACCGCGGUACCCUCGGGUACGCCGUCUUUCCUUGGAUCCUGUCAACCUACACUGAUGAGCGCGCGUUGGCCAUGGACGGCGUUGUCCUCGGGUACUGGGGCCUGAAACACUUCCUGUCCAGAAAGGCCAUAGUCCACGAGGUGGGACACUUCUUGGGGCUUCUUCACCCGUUCCAGGGAGGCUGCAAAUCCCUCGACGGGGACAGUAUACCCGACACGCCGCAGGCAACAUACGUCAGCCAGCACUGCGAGCCCAAGGAUACGUGCCCCCAGCUCCCCGGUCAUGAUCUGAUAAAGAAUUAUAUGAUGUACUCGGCAUGUUCCGAGGACCUCUCCUUCACGCCUGGUCAAGUAUCCAGGAUGCGAGAGGCUUGGUACAAGUGGCGCGACCCCCAAACCAGAAAGCUUACUUAUCUCACGAGCGAGCCUAUCCGAACGACACCCAAUUCCACCAUGAUUGUCACUAAAUUCUGUUAG